GAAGGCCUACGGGACGCGUUGAGCCUGGAGGAGAUCCUGAGACUCUACAAUCAGCCCAUCAACGAAGAGCAGGCGUGGGCCGUGUGCUACCAGUGCUGUGGCUCCCUCCGCGCCGGGGGCGCCCGAGGCCGCGCCCCCAACCCACGCGUUCUGUCUGCGGCUCACGUCCAUGUCUGGAGGGACGGCGAUGUCACCCUGGCUCCCCCUGGGGACACGCUCCCUGAUGCGGGUAAGCCGGGGCCUUCAGCAGGUAAAUUGGAAUGUUCACAUUGUACAGAAACAGAGGUAAUUGAGUCCUUGGGAAUUAUUAUUUACAAAGCAUUGGACUAUGGCUUGAAAGAGAAUGAAGAAAGAGAACUAAGUCCGCCUCUAGAGAAGCUCAUUGAUCUUAUGGCAAAUACAGUAGAAGCAGAUGGCAGCAAUGAUGAAGGCUAUGAGGCUGCAGAAGAAGGGAUGGAAGACGAAGAUGAUAAAAACCAGAAAAUCUCAGCUAUUCGGUCAUAUAGAGAUGUCCUAAAGUUAUGUGCUGCUCAUCUCUCAGCGGAAUCAGAGGCACCAAACCAUUACCAGGCAGUAUGCCGGGCACUAUUUGCAGAAACAAUGGAACUGCAUACUUUUCUGACUAAAAUUAAGAGUGCAAAGGAGAAUCUAAAGAAGAUUCAAGAAAUGGAAAAGACUGAACCUAACACAGACCUGGAUGAAUUGAAAAAUGCUGACUGGGCUCGAUUCUGGGUACAGGUCAUGAGGGAUUUGCGGAAUGGAGUAAAACUUAAGAAGGUUCAGGAACGACAAUAUAAUCCUCUUCCCAUUGAAUAUCAGCUCACCCCUUAUGAAAUGCUAAUGGAUGACAUUCGAUCCCGAAGAUACACUUUACGAAAGGUGAUGGUAAAUGGUGAUAUUCCACCUCGGUUAAAAAAAAGUGCUCAUGAAAUCAUCCUGGACUUUAUCCGAUCAAGACCUCCUCUAAACCCAGCCUCAGCCAGAAAAUUGAAACCAACCCCACCACGUCCACGGAGCCUCCAUGAAAAAAUAUUGGAAGAAAUCAAAGCAGAAAGAAAGUUGCGCCCCAUCUCACCAGAGGAGGUUAUACGUAGUCGUUUAGAUAUAACUACUCCUGAAUCUCCAAAGAAUGUGGUAGAAUCAUCUGUGAUGAAUGGUUUAACUUCAUCAGUGAAAGAAUAUGGCUUAACUGCCACCCAGCAGGUCCCAGUGCAGAGGAAGAAGCUCCUCAAAGCCCCGACUCUGGCAGAGCUGGACAGCUCUGACUCUGAGGUAAGAUAAGAUUUCACAGAUCUUGACUCUAAAGCAGAAUGCAACAUCUCCUUGACCCAAUAUUCUGACCAUGUUAUCUCAGUUGUUAGGACUAAGCAAAAGCCUCCAAAAUUCUUGCCCAUAUCCUCAACACCCCAGCCAGAGAGACGGCAGCCACCUCAGAGACGCCAUUCCAUUGAAAAGGAAACACCUACUAACGUGAGGCAGUUUCUGCCGCCAUCAAAGCAGAGUUCCCGAUCUCUGGAGGAAUUUUGCUACCCAGUGGAAUGCCUCGCCUUGACCGUGGAGGAAGUGAUGCAUAUUCGCCAAGUCCUGGUGAAAGCUGAGCUGGAGAAGUACCAACAGUACAAGGAUGUUUACACUGCACUGAAAAAGGGAAAGCUCUGUUUUUGUUGCCGAACCAGGAGAUUUUCUUUCUUCACCUGGUCUUACACCUGCCAGUUCUGUAAGAGGCCAGUAUGCUCACAGUGCUGCAAAAAGAUGAGGCUACCAUCCAAGCCAUAUUCUACUCUUCCUAUACUUUCUUUGGGACCUUCUGCCUUGCAAAGAGGAGAAAGCUUCAUGAGACCAGAAAAACCUUCCACCAGCCACCACAGGCCACUUCGGAGUCUUGCCAGGUUCUCCUCAAAGUCAAAGUCUGUGGAUAAAUCAGAUGAAGAACUACAGUUUCCCAAAGAGUUCAUGGAGGACUGGAGCACCACAGAGGUGUGCGUGGACUGCAAAAAGUUCAUUUCAGAAAUCAUCAGCUCAAGCCGCCAUAGCCUGGUGUUGGCCAACAAAAGAGCCAGGUUAAAAAGGAAAACGCAGUCUUUCUACAUGUCCUCUGCAGGCCCUAUGGAAUACUGUCCUUCAGAGAGGACUAUCAAUGAGGUCUGA